AUGUUGUCUUCAAUUUUAAAAAAAAUUCAACCAUCAUUAUUAGUUAACUUUAGAAUUAUCACUAGAACUUAUGCUACUAAAGAGGUUACAGUUCGUGAUGCAAUUAAUAGUGCAUUGGAUGAAGAAUUAGCAAGAGAUGAAAAAGUUUUUAUUAUGGGUGAAGAAGUAGCUCAAUAUAAUGGUGCAUACAAGAUCACUAAAGGAUUAUUCGAUAAAUAUGGUGGUGAUAGAAUUAUUGAUACUCCAAUUACAGAAGCUGGUUUUGCUGGUAUUGGUGUUGGUGCUGCUAUGGCAGGUACUAGACCAAUCAUUGAAUUUAUGACUUUCAACUUUGCUAUGCAAGCAAUUGAUCACAUCAUCAAUUCAUCUGCUAAAACUCAUUAUAUGUCUGGUGGUAAAGUUUUCAAUCCAAUCGUUUGGAGAGGUCCAAAUGGUCCACCAACUGCUGUUGGUGCUCAACACAGUCAAUGUUUUGCUGCAUGGUAUGGUAGUGUUCCAGGUCUUAAAGUUGUUGCACCAUGGAGUGCUGCUGAUCAUAGAGGUUUAUUAAAAUCAGCAAUUCGUGAUGAUAAUCCAGUUGUUUAUUUAGAGAGUGAAUUACUUUACAAUUAUAAAUUUGAUUUAUCAGAUCAAGAACAAGAUAAAGAAUACCUUGUUCCAAUUGGUAAAGCAAAAGUUGAAAGAGAAGGUAAAGAUGUUACAAUUGUUGGUUUCUCUAGAAUCGUUAGUAACUGUAUGGAAGCUGCUGAAAUACUUGCCAAAGAAGGUAUCUCUGCUGAAGUUAUCAAUUUACGUACCAUUCGUCCAAUUGAUGCUGAAACCAUUGUAAAUUCACUCAAAAAAACAAAUAAAUUAGUUACCGUUGAAGAAGGUUGGGCACAAUCUGGUAUUGGUGCUGAAAUCUCUGCAUUAAUGAUGGAACAUGCUUUUGAUUAUUUAGAUGCCCCAAUUGAAAGAAUUUGUGGUGCUGAUGUUCCAAUGCCAUAUGCUUCAAACUUGGAAAAUGCUGCUAUGGUCCAAACUCAAAACAUUGUCAAUGCUGCUAAAAGAGUUACUCAAAGAAAUAAAUAA